AUGCUUACUUCGAUUGUGACGCUGGUCCAUCGAAUACUUGUCAAACACCAGUCAUUGUUCUUUCCACCAUCUAAAGAAAGAGGAAUAUUACGACCGCGACCCGCAGAUACCUUUCAUGUUAUGGCCUGUUUAUUCUGUUUGCUCUCUGGCAUUGAUAUAAUUUUUCUACUAAAGGAAGCCUACGGCAAUGUUGCAGUGGCAGAAAUCGGGUUUGCCUUACCUCGCGUACUCACUCUAUCACUAACGACGUUAUACCCAAUUAGUCUGAUUUACUCAAUAGCCUCACUCGAUCCAAUAGCCAAGAGGCAGAUACGAUGGACACACAAUACUUGCAUGCUUGAUAUCAUAAGCGUUAGCGUUAUACUCGGUCCGCUUGUCUCUGUGUUGCCAAUUGCGUAUCUUACAGGUCACCUUGCUGACAACAACAAUUUCAAAAGUGCCAAUAAUAUACUCAAACUACAGUAUUUUCUCAUCGGCAUCUGGGACUUGGGUUAUACUAUUUCAACGAUACUUGUAUGGUACAAAUUAAACAAUGUUUUGAGAGAUUAUUCAAAAAGCUUGAGAGAAAUUCACAGAAAAGGUGUUUAUUAUCAAUGGCGAGUCAUGGAGUUGAAAAGCUUUAAAUGGAGGCUAAUAGGAAUAUUCGCCUUGUUGACUUGCAUUUAUUUCACUGACGGCAUCUCGCGUUUCGCUUUUGUUUUCGUUGCCAAAAAUCCUUCGAUCUGGAAACAAGGAAUUGGGGCAUUGUUCAUGAUAUUUUGGAAUUACGUGCCUGUAGUUGUAAUUACCAUUGUCCAAAUAGUCUUGUUUUGCCGAAAAACAGCCUUGGUACCCUCCCAAGCACUACAGCGCGCUUCCUCUCAACGAUCUCAACGAUCUCGCCGCUCUUCGCAUCGUUUCGCAUCCAUUUACGAUACGUCUACUGCAACAAGGCCAUAUGUGUCUGGAUCCGGCUGGUUCGAUCAGGAUGCGGAAAACACAAAGAACAGACCCGAUAUUUCAAUCGAAAUACCACUGGACCCAAUACAUGCCGGACAUGCCAACGUUGGGACAUCAUCGUCAUCAGCAAGAGAUAGUAAUCCGACUCCAUUUAUUUCUCCGUUGAGGGGCAGCAACAUUUGGGAUAUAGAUUACACGAACAAAAAGAAGACGUCAAAUUCGGCAUUGUCUGAUGCUUACCGUCGAGGGAAACUUGGUAAAGGCGUGGGUCGUACAUCUACAGUACAGUUUGAUGAUGGAUCUGGAACUGCACCUUCACCUGCAGUUGCGGUCGGAUUAAUUGAUACUGCAACGGAGGAUGAGGCUGAUCGAGCUCCUGAAGAGAUCGAAGAGAAUAAGGAGACGAAAGAAGCCGCUAUUGAUGAUGAUGUUGAGAAAGGUGAAAAUGGGAAUGGAGGGAAUGGAGGUGAUGGAGGUGAAGGAGGCAAUGGAGGCAAUGGAGGGAAUGGAGGUGAUGGAGGCAAUGGAGGCAAUAGAGGGAAUGGAGGUGAUGGAGGUGAAGGAGGCAAUGGAGGCAAUGGAGGCAAUGGAGAGAAUGGAGGGAAUGGAGGCAAUGGAAAGGAUGGAGGGGUGAAUCACAUCCGUUGCGCGAUGUCUAACGUGAAUGUAUAA